UCGGCGUAAUCGCAUCGUAGAUUGAUCGUGACUGUCAGCGCUACCAAUAUCGUCAUGUCUGGUCGCGGCAAAGGAGGUAAAGUUAAGGGAAAGGCAAAGUCUCGUUCGAGUCGAGCUGGACUCCAGUUUCCAGUUGGUCGUAUUCAUCGACUUUUGCGUAAGGGCAAUUACGCCGAACGUGUCGGUGCUGGGGCACCCGUUUAUCUCGCUGCCGUUAUGGAGUACUUGGCCGCUGAAGUGUUGGAAUUGGCGGGAAACGCUGCUCGUGAUAACAAGAAGACCAGAAUUAUCCCUCGUCAUCUUCAGUUAGCCAUUCGCAAUGACGAAGAAUUGAACAAACUGCUCUCUGGAGUAACCAUUGCCCAAGGUGGAGUCCUACCUAAUAUUCAGGCCGUACUUUUGCCCAAGAAGACCGAAAAGAAAGCAUAAAUCAUCUGUUGCAUAAGGAAAACUAUAAUCGGCCCUUUUCAGGGCCACCAAAUUACUCUCGCACAGAGCCCGAAUGUCAUCAAUACCGACAAUAAUCGAUUACCCUUAUUUAUAAUUAACUAAAUACGCCAUUGGUCGGAAAAUUCUUGCUGCAUAAAUUUUCUUUUAAAACUGCGGAGGUUGUAUUCCUUUUGUUCCUUCGCUAUUAAAUACUUUAAAUGAAAUGUAAUUUGGAACGGGAUUACCCUAUCGGUCAUCUUAAAACAGAAUCAAAAAAUUCAAUAGUUUAACAAUAAUGGGUCUCAGAAAGAUGAAAGGGGAUGUGAUUUCCAAUAUGUAUA